CCACAAUAAACCCUGAGGCGAGCGGAGCGUGUGGAGCAGCCUCGUAGCGAGGUCCAGGGCGGGAAGCGCUCUUGCGGGGCUGGCUCGUGUUCCUGGUUGCUCUUGCAGCGGAUUUAGCCCGGGCUGGAGCUGGGACGCUUUGAUCUCCCUAGUCGGACUGGGUGCCCUUCUCAGAGGUGACUUGGUCCUCGCAGACGUCAGUGUAGAGUAGGAUUUUGCUAUAGAAGAAGUAGCCCUCAGGGACCCAUUGAAGUUACCUAUAUAGAGCACACCGCCACAAGAAGCAACCAUGCCUGUGGAAGGAGGGAAAACAGAUAUGGAGAGGAUUGGGCUCUUCAGUGAGAUGGAAUAUGUCACUGUUGGUGAUAAAUAUGUGUCACAAUUUAAUCGACCCUUUAAUGAAGCUGCAAGCAAAAAUAGACAGAUGCUACCUGGGGGAUCCAAAGAAAUGUCACAUCUCCAGGCAGGUUAUUUUGAUCCCCAUUUUGUAAGGAUUUUUGAAGGUGAAGGCUACGUAAACCUGAAUCAAGUGAGGAGACGGCAUAUGAUGGAAGAAGCCAAAAAAAAUCUAGGCAAAGCGUUCCUCCCUAGUAAUGGAGAUAAGAAGCUGUGUGGAUUAGGAAGUUACUAUGGAACAAUAGGUAGACCAGUCCCAUUUUUCAGUGCACAAUCAAAACCCAAAGAAAAAUAUGAGCCACCUGGAAAGAAUUUGUACACAAACCCAGGAAAGAAAGGAACUGGAUAUGGCUAUGCAAACGUUACCAUAGGUAAGCAGUUUUCACACUCUGCUGAUUUCUAUGAUGCAGCAAAACUAAAUGACAAGAAAGAGAAUGAAGAACACCAUCGUUUACUUAAAGGGACACCUUUCAAAUUAAAUCUUUACCCAAGGGAAUAUUUUGAUACCAAUCCUUAUUUGUUUGAGAAACCUUUACCACCAAUUAAAAAAGCGGAGAAGAAAGAAGCACUUGCAAACCCUUUUAAGCCCUCUUCUCCUGGUAAAAAGCAGUAUUAGAAAAAUAUGCAUUCCUGAUUUCUUUUACUGAAAUGUAUUUUGAUGUAAAGAGCAAGGUAAGGAUCCAGCUUUUAUCUUUUUCAAAAUUCAGUUUUAAGGGCAGAAGGAAGCGUUGUGGGGAGGACACGUUCUGUGCCUUGACUGUCGUUGUGAUUUUAAGCGUGUAUACAUCUGUCAAAGCUCAUAGAAUUGUAAACUUAAAAUGGGUGCAGUUUAUUAUACUUAAAUUAGAUUUACGUAAAACUGAUUGUGAAAAAAUUCAGUUGUUCCUGAUCUCACCAAUAGGAUAAUUAGCACCCCUGCUUUGAAAUGCCACCCUUAUCAAAUCAAAAUUCCCAUUUUUUAGUUUUUUUUUUCCUGAAUUUUCAUGCAAUUUGAUUGAUGUUUAUUUCUACCAGUACCAAACUACUUUUAAUUAUUUUUGCAUUUUAAUAUUGGGUGGGUCUAGUCUCUUCUUACUCUUUAAAAAAGUUAUAUGGCUGUUUUCCAAUAUUUAUUAUUUAGAACUUUGGAAUUAUUUUGUAAA